GGGCGGGGCGGGGCGGGGCGGGCGCUUCCUGGCGGCGGCGGCGGCGGAAGCGGCAGCGGCCGGGCCGGGCUCCUGCGUCCCGCCGGCCCAGGCGUCCCUCGGCCCAGGCGGCAGGAUGUCGGUGGCGGGGCUGAAGAAGCAGUUCUACAAGGCGAGCCAGCUGGUCAGUGAGAAGGUUGGAGGGGCAGAAGGGACCAAGCUCGACGAUGACUUCAAGGAAAUGGAAAAGAAAGUGGACCUGACCAGCAAGGCUGUUACAGAAGUGUUGACCAGAACCAUCGAGUACCUCCAGCCCAACCCAGCUUCCAGGGCCAAGCUCACCAUGCUCAACACCAUGUCCAAGAUCCGCGGGCAGGUGAAGAGCCCCGGCUACCCGCAGUCGGAAGGGCUGCUGGGGGAGUGCAUGAUCCGCUACGGCAAGGAGCUGGGCGAGGAUUCCAACUUCGGCGACGCGCUGCUUGACGCUGGCGAAUCCAUGAAGCGGUUGGCUGAAGUGAAGGACUCGCUGGAUAUUGAAGUCAAACAAAAUUUUAUCGAUCCCCUCCAGAACCUGUGCGACAAAGACCUGAAAGAGAUCCAGCACCAUCUCAAGAAGCUGGAAGGCAGACGCUUGGACUUUGACUACAAAAAGAAACGACAGGGCAAAAUCCCCGAUGAGGAGCUUCGACAGGCCAUGGAGAAAUUUGAAGAGUCCAAGGAAGUGGCCGAGACCAGUAUGCACAACCUGCUGGAAACCGAUAUCGAGCAGGUGAGCCAGCUCUCGGCCUUGGUGGACGCCCAGCUGGACUAUCACAGGCAGGCGGUGCAGAUCCUGGAUGAGCUGGCGGAAAAACUCAAGCGCAGGAUGAGAGAGGCUUCCUCACGUCCCAGGCGGGAAUACAAACCCAAACCCAGGGAGACGUACGACUUGGGAGACCCUGACCAAUCUAACGGGGGCUUCUCUUACAAUCCUACCCCCAAAGUCCCAGCAGCUUCCUCCUCUUUCCGAUCCGACAAGCCGUUCCGGGCCUCCGUCAGGAGUAUCCGUGAGUUUCCUCCCUCCUCACUGCAUGCCCCCCUGGACCAGCCCUGCUGCAAGGCUCUCUACGACUUCGAACCCGAGAACGACGGCGAGCUGGGCUUCAAGGAAGGCGACAUCAUCACCCUGACCAACCAGAUCGACGAGAACUGGUACGAGGGGAUGAUCAACGGCCAGUCCGGCUUCUUCCCCCGCAACUACGUGGACGUGCUGGUUCCGCUACCUCAGUGAAGCCGCAUCGCUCCCGUCCCCGCUCCAUUCCACCUCCAUCCCGCACCGGGACCCCGUUCUCUAUGCGUCACCUCGGGGCGAGUUGCCACCAAGGGAACAAGCCGGAAGGCUCGAACAGGCUCCCCCUCAUCCCCUGUGAAUUUGGUUGUUUUAAUUUUUGGGUUUUUUUGUCCUUCUGGUGCUUGAACUUCGGUACUUUGUGCACCCCCCGGCUGUAACGUUGUCACCGGCCUCUCCCUUUCCAGAUUGUUUUUGCCUUUCCUUUGGGUCGAGCAUCGGGACGAGCCGGGUGGGAGAGCCGGGACGUGUCCUUCCCGCCGAGCAUCCCGGCCCAGCGGCGGGGGGAACGGAGCCCCCAGCCCCUUGGAGGGGCAAACCCUUUGCCCCCCACCCCAUUGAACACUACCCCGCUCCCCACAGCCCAACACACAUACAGGACCCCGGGGGGGACGCUGCGGCACAGAAACACUACAACACCUACUGAACACUAAGCCAGCCCUGCGGUGCAGGUGCUGAGCCCUCCUGGGGGCUCUGUGCUGUCCCCCCCACCCCAAGGGACAGAGUGGGGAUGUCCCCUCCCCGCGUUAUCCCUCUGCCCCCUCCCCGCAGAGUUUAACCGGGGUUGGCUGUUCCCUUCUGCCCUCGAUUUGAAGUCAGGUUGUCUGGACCUUGGGCUUUUCAUGCUACACCCUCUCAGAGCUGGGGGAUAAUUUGGGGGGUGAGGGACACAGCCUGGGGUCUCCCUGCUACGGGGCAGAGCAGACUGUGGCUCAGGUCCCCCCAAAUCUCUGCGCUUCUCCCUGGGGAGCCCUCAGCCCCCCGUCCCGCAGGACCGGGGCUCGGCUGAUCCUCACGUGCCUUCCCUGUGCCCCCCAACUCUGUCCUCCUUGCGGGGAGACCCGUGUCCCCCUCUGUCCCUGGGUUUGGUGGGAAAAGGCAUCGUACAUCUCAGAGCUGCUCCUGCCGCCCCGAGCGUUCUGUAUCGGGGUCAGGCUGGGGGCCGGCAGCGGCGACGCUCACACUGUCUCUCCGUGGUUCUUCUCGCUAGAAAAGUGGGUUUUGUCCCCCAUUUCCUGGGCCUUGGCCACUUUCCACCUCUCCUCCUCCUCCUUGUGCUGCAGCACGUCCCUGUCCCGCCGCUCCUGUUACAGUUCCGCAACCCCUUUGUAGGGAUCGUAGCCGCGCAUGUCCAUGUGUGUCCAUCCCCGGCCGGGCUGACCGGUGACCCCGCUCCCCAACACGGGGCGGCCCCCCAUGGAUCCCAGCAGCGCAGGGAGCCCAGGGGACCGUCCCCUCCCCGCUGGGGACCGGGGUCACAUCCCAGAGGCACCGGCUCCUGCUCAGGUGGAUUGAAAAGUGUUUUGUCAGCUGGGACAACUUGCUAGACCUUUUUUUUGUUGUUUUUCUUUUUUUGUAAUGGUUUCUCCUGGUUUUUAGGGGGAAAAAACAAAAAGACGACCCACAAAUCUCAACUUGUAUCUCGGAAUGAAAGUAUUAAAUGUUUUCUUCUUUCUAA